AUGGGUAGAGGAAGAGUUGAACUCAAGAGGAUAGAGAACAAAAUCAAUAGGCAAGUUACAUUUGCUAAGAGAAGAAAUGGACUUCUUAAGAAAGCUUAUGAGCUUUCUAUUCUUUGUGAUGCUGAAGUUGCUCUUAUAAUCUUCUCUAAUCGUGGUAAACUCUUUGAGUUUUGCAGCUCGUCGAGUAUGCUGAAAACAAUUGAAAAGUACCAAAGAUGCAGCUAUGGCGCUCUUGAAGAAAAUGGGCUUCUCAAUGAUUCUGAGGCAACCUACCAGGAAUAUUUGAAGCUUAAGUCCAGGGUGGAGUUCCUGCAGCAAUCUCAGAGGAACUUGCUUGGAGAAGACUUGGCACCAUUGGCUAUAAAGGAGCUAGAACAGCUGGAGCACCAGCUUGAGUUAUCACUGAAGCAAAUAAGAUCAACCAAGACUCAACAAAUGAUGGAUCAAAUGGCGGAACUGCGAAGAAGGGAACAAGCUUUAAUUGAAAACAACAGGAACUUGAUGAAGAAGUUAGAAGAUUGUAGCCCCCAAAUCCCUCAAAGACUUGCAUGGGAAGGUGAUAACACUCAAGAUCAACAACAUAUACCUUUCAGCCGCAUUCCUCAUCCAUCCGAGGGCUUCUUUCAACCACUUUAUCGCAAUCCUCCCCAGCAAAUCGGCUACAAUCAUUUGGAAUCGACUGAAAUGAGUGUUGCAACACCAAGCCAGCAACAUGUCAAUGGAUAUAAUGUCCAUGGUCACCAUGGAUGGAUGCUUUGAGAAAAUUAAGCACGCACGCGAUAAUUGCAAGUUACGUGCGUAUGUACUUGAGAGAUUAUAUGUAUAUUUUCAAGGUAAAUUUUGGAUUGUUUCUAUAGCUUAAUUAGACUAAGGUAUGACUCUAUGUUUACUUAUCAUGAUCGGGUCAUCGAGGGCAAUUUUCAUACGAUUGUCCAUGAUGUAAAGCCAUAAAGAAUGUAAUCUUAACUGCUGCUCGAACAAUAGUAUAAUGAUAGACUAGAGCAUGGCAUUCACCCCAAUUUAGCACUAUUUUGCUUAUAAUUAUAUGUAAACGGAGAAAGGUAUGUAUGGUUAUUUUUGUGACCACGAACGAAUGUAAUAGUAUAUGAUAUAUUAAAAUGCUUAA